AUGCGAAGUGAAUACGAUGCCAUUUUGAAGUUCCCAUUCAAUUUCAAAGUUACAUUUUGUUUGUAUGAUCAAACUCCAGCUCAAAAAUAUAUCAUUGACUCCUUUCGACCCGAUAUUAAAUCGAAUAGUUUCCAGCGACCCCGAUCAGAAAUGAAUAUUGCAAGUGGAAUACCCAAAUUUUUUCCAUUGCCAAUGAUUGAACAAGAUGAUAAUCCAUAUGUUCGAGACGACACUAUAUUCAUCAAGAUUAUGGUCGAUUUCAGUGAUAUGCCGAAAAUGCUUUUACCUUAUGCAUUGAGUUUGAAUCCUGGACUGCCAACAAAUAUUCAGCAGGCAAUGAUCAAGCAAGAAGCAGAACGAUGGACUCAAAAAGCUUCCACUACACCAAACUUACUGCCACACUAUAAUGAAGAAGAAAGUUUAUGCUCUUUGAUCGGUACGACAUCACAAAUAACUAUUACCGAUGAGUUCUAG